GAUUUCCGUUUCUUGCUCAACUGAAUCUCACUCCCGCUUAGUUUCUUGCGACCAAGCUAUCUCAGCUCUCUAGCGUACUCUCGUUCCGAGAUUAGUGCAAUUCCACCUAGCUCUGUUGGUGAACAUGGCAGCAGUGGCGGAGCAGAACAAGAUGACAGAGGAGGUGCUGUCGAUCUAUACCAACCUGGUCGGCAUCCGCGACAAGCUCAAGGCGAUGAAGGAGGCGCCGAAGCAGCACAGCCAGGAGGAGGUGCACCACUUCCAGCAGAUGCUCGACGCCAUCGACUCGCGCCGCAAGGACGGCAUCUUCGCCGGAUCUCUCAAGUCCGGCGUUCCCGAGGGUCAAGCGCUCUGCCUCGAUGUGCUUGACGAGUCCUACGACCUGGUGAGCGAGUUGAUGGCGGCGGCGCCUGAGUUGUCGCCAGAGAUCCGGCAGACGUACACGAUGCUGGCGGGCAUCAAGAACAAGCUCAUCAGGCUCAAGGCGUCGCGCUCGUACGCGCUGGACGACGUGCAUCACUACCAGCUCAUGGUCGACGCCAUCGACGCCGGACGCAAGGACGGCAUCUUCGGCGGCGACGUCAACCACAUCCCCUCGGGGCAAGCGCAAUGCGCCAACAUACUGUUCCAAGUCUAUGAGCUGCUCCGCCAGCUACUGAACUCGGCGCCGGAGAUGAACCCGCAGAUGCGCGGCAUCUACUCGCACCUGGUGGGCAUCCGGCGCAAGCUGUCGGACAUGCGGCAGCACAACGUGCGGCACGCGAGCGAGGACCUGCACGUGUACCAGGUGCAGCUUGACGCCAUCGACAAGGACCGCGAGGACGGCAUCUUCGGCGGCUCGCUCUCCACCAAGGUGCCCGCUGGGCAGGCGCUCUGCUCCACGCUGCUCGCGCAGUGCUACAAGCUCGUCGAGGAGCUGCAGGAAACCGCCACGGACGCGUAGAGGGGCGAAGAGGGGGCGAAGAGGGCGUAUGCUCUCUAGGGAGGGCACAUAGAGGUGGUGAUUUGGGGGAGGGUGUUGAUGGAGUGUUUGCGUGGGGUACAUAUGGAUGCGUCUAGGGUGGGGUGGCGGAACAGGUGGGUGGCUGAUGGUGAGGAUGGGGACGCGCAGGCCUGGACGGUCAUGUGGGUGCAUGGUGAGGGCUGUUCGGGGUGCAAGCGCUGGUCGUGAACGCCUGGGGCUGCUGGGAUGGGAGGACUUGCAAGACGAGUGAGAAGGGUGUUGGCCACGAUUAAUUUUCUGACAGGCAAAGUGGUAUCUGUGAAGAGAAAUGAGUGCUGUUGGAUGCUGUUUUCAGAUUGAUGAAUGAAGGAGCAAGCUCCUCCCAUAAAUUGUCCCUCUCCAC